UUUUCAGAUCUUGUACAUCAAACAACUUGACUUCGUAAAAGGUUUUCCCUAACCCUCAUCAAGGAAUAACACCAUUUGCAACAAAGAUGGCAUCAGCGAGUGAAAUGCCUUCAAAAGAUCAGACAAAAGAUCUCAAAAAUUUACUAGAAUGCUCAAUUUGUCUCGAGACAUUCGACGACCCACGAACACUGUCGUGUCUGCAUUCGUUUUGCAGGAAAUGCUUGGAAACGUUUGUGGAUGGAAAACCUCAAAAUGAAUUGAAUUGUCCUGUUUGUCGUACGAAUUUCACGCUUAGCAAAGAUGGCGUUGCCGGCAUGACAAGAAAUCAUUUUAUUUGUAAUAUGGUGGACGUUUUAUCCAUUCAACAUCAAGAUAAGUGCAUACCUUGUAUGCACUGUGAACAACAAUCUGUUGGUCGCUGCGUAACGUGCGAACAUUUUAUGUGCGAGAAAUGCUUGAAAGCUCACAAUGAAUUUCUAGGAUUUAAAGAUCAUGUCGUUUUGACAAUGGAAGAGUUAGCGAAGCCUGAGAAUCAAUCAAGAAUCAAGAAAAUCUCGAAAUGUGAUCAACACCCAAACAAGAAACUGAAAUACUACUGCGAGACAUGCGAUCAGUUGAUGUGCAGACAUUGUAUAGAUUUCGAACAUGACAAACAGCAUAAAUUCUCGCCUCUUGAGAAAGCUGCUAAAAGUAAACGCGAAGGCCUAAAAAAAUUGAAGAUAGACUGCAGAGUAGAGUCGACAUUAUAA